AUGGCGCCAAGUCGCACAAUUGAAAUGGAGAAGAGAGCGCGUAGCCCAAGCCAGAGCUCCGACGGCACUCCUUCCAAGAAAAUCAGUUUAGCUGGAGCCCAAGUUCAACCCUACCUUGAAACGGUUGACGUGAGAAAGCUCGAUUUUGAUCUCGAGAAACUAUGCUCAGUAACCCUUUCACCAUUAAAUGUCUACUGCUGCUUGGUGUGCGGGAGGUAUCUCCAAGGACGCGGUGAAAAGACAGUCGCUUUCCUACACUCGAUCCAAGAGGACCACCACGUCUUUAUUAACUUUGUUUCAUUGAAAACAUAUCUGCUUCCUGAGAAUCGUGAAGUUCAGGGUGUGCAGCUUUUGGAAACGAUAAAGUUUGCAAUCUCACCCAAGUACACUCAAGAAGACUUAUUGCAGUUUCCUCGGAUGUGCUUCGACAAAUCGAAUACUCCGUACAUAAAUGGUUUUAUUGGUCUAAAUGACCUGGGCGACAAUACACACCUUAGCGUUAUUAUUCAAAUGAUGGCGCACAUAACUCCCAUUCGAGACUUCUUUCUCCUUGAAUCUCAGAGCAAAAUCGACGAUGAAUUAAUCAAGCGUCUUGCCUUACUGAUAAAGAAGUUGUGGUCCCCGCAUAUACUAAAGGCUCAUUUAUCUCCAUACGAGCUACUCCAACAACUGUCGCGGGUGAAUAAAAACGUGAACUCUGACAAUAGAAUUAAAGACCCCAAGAGCUUUAUGUUAUGGCUCAUUAAUUAUAUGAUUGCGAAAGCACAUCCACUUAAGAAGGUUUUGACACGUAAUAUGCGCGGCGAAGUCGAGGUCCGCUCAAUAGUUGUGAGAGAAAAAGGCACGACAGGAGAAAAAAAUCUCGAGUUUUUUGAAGACGAGGCUACCAAGACUAUUGUUCUUCCAAAGUUUUGGAGUCUAACCCUCGAUUUGCCGCCUGUAUCCCUUUUCAACGAGGGUUCAGACACAAACAGCAUUCCACAAGUAACGUUAGACUCCCUGCUUGGUAAAUUCAGUGGCCACAAAAAAAUUCCCACGAGAGAAGGUAUGAAACAAUACAAAAUUGUGAAGUAUCCUCGCUUUCUGGCGAUUAACUUUGAUAGGUUCAACUGGGACGCCGCCAUGCCAAUCCGCAACCGGAACAGGACCUUGGUAAAGUUUGCCGAUGCACUGCGUUUUGAAAAUAAAGAUUACAGGCUUAUUGCAAAUGUAACGCUGUACCCAGUUGGACAUAGCAGGAGCGGCGACGAGGACGUUGAUGACGAAGCCAGGUGGAAAAUUCAGCUUUCUAACCCGAAGAAUGCAGAAUGGUUUGAGAUUGAUGGAAAAAACGUAACGGCAAAGGAAAAGGAACUACUCUUUUUGGAUGAAGUAUAUAUCCAAGUUUGGGAGAUGGAGCAAAACAAGAGCUAG